ACAUUACAGUUUUAUAAAUGGUGAAACAUUAAUUCAAAGUUAAUAUAAUGUGUACACUUAUUUUUCUAUAAAGUGAAAUCGUUACACCGCAACGUACCCAUUUUACACAUCUAUAAGCCAUGGAAGAAGAAAAUACGUCUAAGUUGGCUAUAGGCGACUAUGGAAUGUCUGCUUGGACACCAAAAAAAGAUGAUGUGCAAAGCAAUUCAGUAGUUGUGCAUGGAGGAUCCAGACUGCAGCAUGGCAUUAACUCAGUUGAUACUGUCUCCACCUAUCGUAGUGAUGUGUGUGAUGAUAACGCAAGGGAUAACUAUGAAAGGGCCAUAAGCGUCUUGGAUAGUGCAUCUGCCGUUAAUGAUACCAGAACUGGUCAUAUUGGACGCAAGGCUUAUCCCCUUAAGGAUUCAACUGCGAAUGGCCUAAGAUGGGAAUAUACAAAAUUGUCUCCUGUGAAUGGUCUAAGAUGUGAGUUUUCACCCCAAAAUGGUGCUCCUAUAGUCAACAAAUCGUUAUUCUCUAAGCAAAAUGCCAAGAUGGUAAUUAACCAUUUUGAGACUCCCGAUGGUUGUAAUCUCGUCCCUGAAAAAUGUGAAGAGUUGCCAGCUGCAGCACUGUGUUAUAGGGAUGAAUCGUCGAGGUAUGUUAACAACUAUCCUUGUAGCGCACGGGGAAGGGGACAACUUAAGCCGCUAAUUUACCCGAAUAACGCCAUUGCUACUUCGUAUCGUCAAUCGUGUGGUAAGGUAUUCAAAAAGAACAGACAUGAUAAGGAUAUCAUGAUGCCAUCCAACGCGGAGGGUCCCGUCGGUAUUUUAGAUACUUUUCGUCGAAAAGAACCCUGCAUAGCUACAAGUCCAACCACGAUAGUUGGGAAAAGAGCGUCUGGUUAUUUCUGGCACAGACCUUUCGCUGUAAAGCGAAGAGAUAAGGUCCUAUUCUUUAGAGGUUUGCCCUAUGUAGAAACAGUCAAUCCAGACGUUCAAAAAUCGUGGCAUUUGGAGGCUAUAUCUGCUCUGACGAGGGAACAAUACGCAUCGUUAAAGAUGACAAUGCUACGGUUGAGCAAGAGUGUUACUAAUAUAGAUCCCAAACUGUUGAUGAUGCUUUCUAAGGGUAGCUGGGAAGUGCUCCAGGAAGGUACAUUCGGUACAGUGUAUAUAGGUUAUAUAGAUGGACUUGGGUAUUCUGCCGUCAAGAUACCUGUUUCAUUUAUGGUACAAAAUGAUCCUGUGGGUGUAAUGCGCAGAUACGUUAAUGAAUGGGAUAUUUUAUCGCGUUGUGAUCACCCUAACAUAGUUAAAUUGUGUGGUGGCCUUAUUUUUGGUGUAUUCGAUAUCUGGCUAUGUACAGAACUCAUUAGUGGCGCGGAUCUGCAUAGCAUCAAGUAUGACCCAAAAUCGAAACGUGUUAUAACGCCGCAGGCAAGUCUCAAAAUAUGUCGGCAGCUUGCGGAUGUCGUAAACUACCUCCAUACGCCCACAGUGGAACGUGGGAAGAUUGUCCACAGAGAUAUAAAGCCAGAGAAUAUCAUUGUUAUGCCGAAUUGGGACAUAAAACUUUGUGAUUUUGGUGAUGCUUGGGAAGAUGUUGGUCAAAGGGUGGAUAAUAUCUCAGGAGCUACAUGGCUUUAUGCACCUCCGGAGUUGUUGACCCAUAAGUCUAUUGUGGUAGAUAUCGUGGGUGUGGGAGGCGGUGCGGAUGUAGAUUUAACUGAAGUCUCUGAAAAGUGGGACAUAUGGUCCAUGGGUUGUGUUUUCCAGGAAAUGUUCGGUUAUGCAGGGCCUUUCCAUCAUUUGGUAGACGUAAAUGAUGGACCUACAGAAAUAUGUGAGAAAAUGGUUCACAAUGCCAUUAAUGGUCUUGUCCCCGAGAUACCGCAUGCUUUAGCCUCAACAAAAAUGGGUCAACUUAUCGCACAAUGUCUUCAGAACGACCCUUCUUUAAGGCCUACAGCUGCCCAAGUAUGCGCUGUUCUGCAAGCUCCAGAUUUAGUUUUGCUUCAUUAAGGAAGCGUUGUUUCAGGUAUUGAGCAUACUAAUUAUAUGACGUGACCUAAACAUAGAACUUGCGGUUUGACAAUAUUCUUUUCAACACCUGAGUAGUUUUUGAAUCUUAUUUUCAUCAUUC